GUUCGAGUUGCGGAAAAACUUGGUACCUUCCAAUUGGCUGCAAUGGCGGAGGUGGCCCGUAGCCCAUUGGCUCUGCCGGCUCUGCCUGGCGAGGAAGCUGAGGGAGCUCCCGAGCGUCAGUGUUGCCCCAAGCCGUGAGUGCGGCGCGGCCCGUCACGCCUAGCCGCUCACCGCGCCUCGCUUUAUCUCAGGAAAAAGGAAAAAAGAAAAAAAAAUGGAAGGCCUGCCUGAUGCUGCUGUCUUUGCAACUAGACUUAAAAACACUCUCAUCCAGUAUCAUAGCAUUGAAGACGAUAAGUGGCGAGUUGCCAAGAAAAUGAAAGACGUAACAAUUUGGAGAAAACCUUCAGAAGAAUUUAAUGGAUACCUUUUCAAAGCCCAAGGUGUUAUAGAUGACAUCGUCAAUAGUGUAAUAGACCAUAUACGCCCCGGUCCCUGUCGCUUGGAUUGGGACAGCUUAAUGACUUCAAUGGAUAUUUUGGAACACUUUGAAGAGAAUUGCUGUGUGAUGCGUUAUACUACUGCUGGCCAGCUUUGGAAUAUAAUUUCCCCAAGAGAGUUUGUUGAUUUCUCCUACACUGUGGGCUAUGAAGAAGGGCUUCUAUCCUGUGGGGUAAGUCUUGAUUGGAGUGAAAAGAGACCAGAAUUUAUUCGUGGAUAUAACCAUCCCUGUGGUUGGUUUUGUGUUCCGCUUAAAGACAAUCCUCACCAGAGUCUUUUGACAGGCUAUAUUCAGACGGAUCUGCGUGGGAUGAUUCCACAGUCUGCAGUCAACACAGCCAUGGCAAGCACUUUAAUCAACUUCUAUGGUGAUUUACAAAAAGCCUUACAAAAGGCAUAAUAUGUUUAAACUUGUAGUACAGUAGACCCCAGAGUCAACUUUUGCUCUCAGCUGCGUGGCCUGUAAAAAUCAUCCUUUCCUCUCCUCCAUGUAGCCUGUGGAAACAUUUGAGAUGAUUUGUUGGUUUAUUUUAUUCCCAAACUAAAUACUUAUCUAAAAGAGGGCAUUUCAGUUUUCUUAAAUAGUUAUUUGCACAGUGUUUGGUACAGCAGGGUGUCUGAGCACGGAGAGUAUGACAGAGAUCCAUUAAGAAGUAGGUAUUAUUCUUUGACCUAAACUCUUUAGAAACUGAGUAGUGACUCAGUAUGAAUAUUUUGCCUGCUUGGAAAUUAGAGAAAGCAUAAGCUUCAUGCUAUUAGUUAAAAUCAUCUAUUUUAGAGGUUUAUGAACAUUUUAUAAGUUUUAACUUUUUCUGGAAGUUAAAUAUUAGUGUUUUACUUUGGUAUGCUGUAUGAGUUUGUCAAUAUCUUGGACUAAAGAAAAAAGCUCUUUCUAUUUUGUAAAGGUGAUUUUCAUUGUCAGUUGACUUGCACUACUUUAUAAGUAUUGAAAAAAUCAGAAAUAAAAAUAAAGUAACUAUAAAUACAAUUCAAAUACAAUUCUAGAUAACAUUAUUUUGUGGAUAUCUUUAAAAAUGUAUUUGUGUCUUUCUGUGAGUUUAUUUUGGAAGUCUUAAAAAGCAUUUAUGCAUGGGUAAGACAGUACAAAACUGCCAAAUGUGUGCUGGGGACACCACAUUGAUUGGGUUGUGUGAAAGGGUUGGGGGUAUCCUCUAUUCACCAACAGAAAAUUAUCUGUCUAUAAAGUCAAAUUCAAUGAAUGUUUUCUUCAUGUUUCAUUUUUUUAAAGAUAAGCCCUCAAGAAAUAGCUUUAAUUCUGAGAAGUAUCUGAUAUUCUUUAGGAAAAUAAUGAGAUUUUCAGUCUUUCUCAUUUGACCCAUGUUCAUGUUUCAAAGUGUCACUCACCUCAUAAAGUAUUACUGACUACAUCAUAAACAUUGUGACAGAUCUUCAUCUGGAACUUUAACAAAUGCAUUCAUAGAUUUAUCCACAUGCCUGGAUGAGUCAUUUUAUAACUAGCAUGGAUGAAAAUAGGUCCCUUGAGUCUAGGGCUGCCUUAAAUGAACAUUCCUGAAUAAUUUUAACAUUCCAAAUGAUUCUUUGGCUUUUGAACUAACCACCUGGUUUACUUUUAAAAUGAGAUCUUGAGGCAACUCAUUCAGUGUAGCCAUGAAGAUGUGUGUAUUUAUGUUCGUGUAUGGGCACACGUUCUGAAAUCUGUCUUCGUGUUCAGUGUGAGUUCUUUAUGUGGUACUAUUACUGUUUCCAUCAUUUUGUUUCUCCUUCUCCUCCUCCUCCCUUCCCCCUCUCCCUCCUCCUCCUCCUCUUUUUUUCUCUUCCUUCUCCUACUCCUCCUCUACCUCUCCCUCCUUCCUCCCCUUCCUAUUCUCCUUCUCCUUUUUCUCCUUUUUGAUUAAUAUAUUCCAGUGUUCUGUCUAGGAUGGCAAAAUACCAGCAGAUGUCCAAUUACAGGGUGCCCAGAUUGUGUGAGGGACUUGUGAUAAGAUUGUCUGAACUGGGUACCCCCAAAGCAAAUAAACUGUCCACUCAGCAACUCUAAUGUUCUCUUUGUCCUUUUCAACUUAUACCUCCAAUUAGUGAUUACAUAAUCCACUGUUGAAUUGGACCCAUUGCACAUAAAAGGACACUCAUGGAAACAUUUUUAUUGCAAUACUGAGUCAUAUGAUAGUUUGAGAAAUAGUAUUUGAAUGGCCUGAAAUGUAUAUGCAGCUUCUAGAUGGCACUUUAUAUCUGCUACAUUCUAGCUGUACUUCUUUUUUUUUUUUACAGCCUUAUUGAAAUAUAAUUUACAUGCUAUACAACUUACUGGUUGUAAAUAUACAAUCCAGUAAUUUUUGAAUACAUCUAUAAUUGUGCAGCCAUCACCACAAUCCAGCUUUAGAACAUUUCCAUCAACCAAAAAGAUCCCUUUGCCUGUUUGCAGACUCAUAUCUAACCAAAGUUUAGCAUAGUUGCCAGCAUAUAGGGGAUGAGAAAGAUUACAGCAGGUUUUAUUUGGUUUUGUUUUUAAGAGUAGAUUCUAAGUUCAGGUACCUCGUGGUAAUGUUUUAAAUAUGUUAUCUGAAAUACCAUAAUUAUACAAAAAUUUAAUGAUAUGGGUUGGGAUUACUAUUAACAUAUAAUUGAGUCUGCUCUUUCUGUACAGUGCUGUAGAAGAAUGGAAAACUAAUGUGAGCCGUAUAUAUAAUUUAAAAUUUUCCAGUGGCCACAUGAAAAAGAUAAAAAGAAACAGCUGAAGUUAAUUUUAAUAAUGCAAUUUAUUUACCUCAGUAGAUCCCAAACAUCAUUUCAACAAAUAAUCAGUGUGAAAACUCAAUAAGAGUUUUUCUUUCUUACUAAUUCUUUGAAAUCUCAUGUGUAUUUUACUUACUUGGAUUAGCCACAUUAAAAAAAAAAUUUUUUUUAAUCUUUAUUUAUUUUUAAGAGGGGAGCGGGGAGGGGUAGAGAGAGAGGGAAAUAUAGAAUCC